AUGAAGACUUUCCUGGCAUUUGCUUCUGUUACGGCCUUGAAUUGCAGCUUGGCUACCGCCGCUCCGCCUUCCAACUACCUCAAUUGGAAGACUUUUAACGCAAAUGGAGUCAACCUUGGCGGCUGGCUACAUCAGGAAGCUGUAAUCGAUCCUACGUGGUGGAAUCAAUACGCCCCUGGCACGCCUGAUGAGUGGGAUUUCUGUGUAAAACUCAAAUCGCAAUGCGGUCCUGUUUUAGAGCAGCGAUACGCUUCUUACAUCACGACCAAAGAUAUCGAUACUAUGGCUGCAGCUGGCAUCAACGUCAUCCGAGUGCCGGCUGGAUAUAAUACUUGGGUCACUCUCCCGGGAUCUCAACUUUACAGUGGCAAUCAAGCUCGUUUUCUCAGAGCCAUAUCUGAUUACGCAAUCAAGAAGCAUGGCAUCCACGUCAUUCUUGACAUUCACUCGCUCCCGGGAGGUCUGAACGGCAUGGGGCUGGGUGAAAAGGAGGGGAAUUAUGGCUGGUUCCAGAACCAGACUGCCCUUGAAUAUUCUUAUAAGGCGGUCGACGCUGCUAUCAAGUUCAUCCAGGACUCCGAUGUUCCUCAAGGUUUUACCCUGGCCCCCAUCAACGAGCCGGUUGACAAUCGGGAUAUCACAAAGUUUGGCACGCCAGAUGCAUUGAGUGAUCAAGGAGCUGCCUGGGUUCUUCGGUACUUCCAAGGCGUCAUUUCACGCGUUGAAAAGGUCAAUCCCAAGAUACCCAUCAUGCUUCAGGGUGGUUUUCGACCCGUCGACUACUGGGCCAAGUACUUCCCUGCCAGCACUACCAUCGUCUUUGAUGUCCACAACUACUACUUCGCCGGUCGCCCAACUACGUCCCAGAAUCUUGCCGAAUUUAUCUGCAGUGAUGCCAAGGACAUCGCGAGUACUGCUUCACCAAAGUUCCCCGUUUUCGUCGGCGAGUGGUCCAUCCAGGCUGCUACCAAUAACACUUUUGUCAGUCGGGCGCGAAAUCUCAACACUGGUCUCAAGGCUUGGGCUGCGUAUACCCAAGGAAGCGCUUACUGGACUUGGAAGUUCUUUGGAAAUGUGCCUGUUGAUGGCGAGGGUACUCAAGGCGAUUACUGGAAUUACUCCGACUUUGUGAAGAUGGGUAUAGUUAGCCCAUCGUCGGGUGCUACUUGUAAAUGA